AUUUGUAGACGGCUUUCGCUGCUCUGCAUCACAUUUCUCGUUCCCCAAUUUUUCCAUACAAGCAGAACAGAUGGCGUCGCUGGUGGAACUGGUUGAACCCCUACCACUUAGGUUUGAACGGGAGUGCUUUCUUUUGAGUGACACUCAGGUGGCAAAUGUUGAUGCGGCUCUCGCAUCUUGCAGUCGGCAGUUAAGGUCUCUGGUCAAUUCUAGGGCGGCGGUCAAUUGCUUGCCACCGGAGAUUCUCAAGUUGAUAUUCGACCAUGUGGUCGUGCAUCGGUGGCUCAGGAUGGCCUUUGAGCCAGCCUGGACUUCUGAGUACUUGUCCUUGGACCCCUCGAACUAUAGUUCCGUGAUACCUGCCACAACACAGGUCUGUCGAUACUGGCGAGGUCUCGCUUUACGGACACCGUCCUUGUGGAGGAUCCUCGAUCCGACGGCCCCAAUCGAACUACGGGAUCUAUUGUUCGAGAGAUCUGCCGGAGCACAGCUGACGGUCAACGUCUCCUACGAUGUCUCCCCGUGGCUCAAGUCCAAACUCAUCUCGGAUUGCGGGCGUGUCAAGGAGCUCAGUGCUCAGGCUCUGCGGGCAAGUCAAGUGGUCGACCUAGUCGAUUUCCCCGCGCCCAUGUUGCAAAUUGCAAGUGUCGAGCAGUCACGCAGGCGGCAACUUGGGAGCGCAGAGCUGUUGCUGUUCAGAGGAGAUGCUCCACGUCUCUUCCGACUCUUCUUAAUGAACAUCACAUGGCGACCGAUAAACGCGUUUGGCUCCCUUGCCCAGUUAUACCUCCGCAACUGCAAAUGGUCGCAACCAUUGAGGUCGCUCGCUCAGCUCCUCUGCGCCACCCCCAACCUUGUUGACUUGGUCUUGCAUCAAAUGGACGUUGUCGCCGACGACACAGACAUCAAUAUCCCGCGUGCCAGGCUAGUAAAAUUGGAACGCCUCACGUUGACGUUGACAUCUAGUACAGCCAUCCGUAAUGUUCUCAAGAUUGUACAGCUCGGGUCGCAGACGUCUGUCUCGAUGUAUGGCGACCCGCAUGCUGCGCGAGAUCCUCAUAUAUUGGACGACAUUCGCAUAUCGAAGGGCAUGAUCAAUGACGCACCGUACAAGUUCUACCUCCAGCACAAUCUCGCGCGGGCGGGAAAAGCUCACUGUAUCCUCGCGGGUACAAGCUCAGCCAUUCUCUGCGAAAACAUGUCAAUCGACGUCUCCGAAAACAGUGUCAGAUUGGGUGAAGUGGAUUAUUACGCCUUCGGGUUUCCGCAGGAGGCCGACACCUCUUCGAUUCGCGACGCUUGGAUCAUCGAGCCCGACAAGGACGACGACGACGACUUAGGAUUCUUCCCGGAGGAUAUGUUGAAUUUUUUGCGGCGCUUGGCCAACGUUGAGAGCCUAACGAUGCUCUCUCCAACGUUUUCCCUCUUCACUGCGGCACUGGCAUUAUCCCCGACUCCCGAUGCUUGCAAGCGGCUGUCUUCGAUGCAUAUCCUAUUCUACGGGUCUUCAUCUGCGCCAGCCUUAGUCCUCGAAUCACUUGCUGCAGACCAAGAUCUCCACGUGCGUAACGUGACGAUUGGUUACCUCCCGGGCUUCAAAAAUGAUCGUGUCUUUAUGACGGAGUUCGACGCCUAUUUCGACUCCGUAGAGUAUGUUUCAUACACUCAAGUGCCACGCAUGGACUUGCCGCCCACUUGCACAGUCGAUCCGCACUCCUUCUGGCCACAAUGGCCUCUGUCCAGCUGGACGAGGGAGAUUGAAAAAGUAGCCGGGCUGUCUCGUCGUCGGAUGGGAUAAAUUCGCAGCCGCCCGUUGUUUCGUCCCCCAACCCAUAUAUGUCCCGACUCGCAGCAGUACACAAUCGCCGUGCUUCUUAUAUGUCGUGAUACAUAGGACCGGCGGUGACCACAUUGCGCCUCAGCAAAACUUGCCAGUGGUCCGCCGUGGCAAACGAGGUCGAGCCCACUUCAGGUUUGACACCAAAUUUCGAGUCGUCGGAUGUAUUUGAGCCAUGCAGUUAUAUUCAACUUCAUUGUCAGUACGCGAUUCGAAUUCGAAGGAGGACUGAACACUAGAUUCAAUAAGUAGGAACUUGCCAUAUUGGGAG